AUGUCCCCAGUGUCCCCUGGGAUGUCCCCAACGUCCCCUGGGACUCCGACAUCCCUGUCCCCAAUGUCCUUGAUCGGAUGGGGCUCGGACAUCCCUGUCCCCAACAUCCUUGUCCCCAAGAACUGGGACAUCCCUGUCCCCAAUGUCCCUAUCCCCAGGAACUGGGACAUCCCUGUCCCCAACGUCCUUGACCGGAUGGGCUGGGACAUCCCUGUCCCCAAUGUCCUUGUCCCCAGGACCUGGGCCAUCCCUGUCCCGAAUGUCCUUGACCGGAUGGGCUGGGACAUCCCUGUCCCCAAUGUCCUUGUCCCCAGGACCUGGGCCAUCCCUGUCCCGAAUGUCCUUGACCGGAUGGGCUGGGACAUCCCUGUCCCCAAUGUCCUUGUCCCCCAGAGGUGGGACAUCCCUGUCCCCAACAUCCCCUGGGGUGGUGACACCCUUGUCCCCAGGAGCUGGGACAUCCCUGUCCCCAACGUCCCUUACAGCUGUGACAUCCUCGCCCCCAACGUCCUUGUCCAGAAGGGCUGGACCAUCCCGGUCUCCAACGUCGCUUGGGGUCGCGAUGGCCCUGUCCCCAAUGUCCCUGUCCCCAAUGUCCCUGUCCCCAAUGUCCCUUCCAGCUGCGACAUCCUUGUCUCCACGGGCUGGGACAUCCCUGUCCCCAACGUCCUUUGGGGUUGUGACAUCCCUGACCUCGACGUCCUUGUCACGUACAACUGGGACAUCCCCGUGCCCCGCGUCGCUUGUGACCGGGACGUCCCUGUCCCCGACGUCCUCGUCCCCGAAGCCUGGGACGUCCUCGUCCCCAAAGUCCCCGGUGUCCUCGUCCGCCGGGGCUGCUGUGACGGUGAUGGUGAUGCCGCUGGCCCAGGGGGUGAUGGUGACGGUGUCCGUGGGGACACCGGUGUCACGCUCCCCCUCGGGGACACCUCCGGCCUGUCCCCAUGCAGGUUCGGGGUCCGUGGUGACGUCCCCAGGGGUGGCCGUCACCUCCCCGGGGAGGGGACGAGGCGGGACGGCGUGUGA